AUGAAGUUCACUGCCGCUGCUGCGCUCCUGGCCACUGUUGCCUCGGCCACUCCCACCAACCUCAAGAACGCCAUCGCCAGCCGUGCUGCCACCGAUGCUUGUGACAUUGGUUACUGUACCCAGAACGGCGGUACCACUGGUGGUGCUGCCGGUGAGACCGUCACUGUCACCUCGGUCGAUGACCUGACCACCUACGCCGAGAGCGACGAAGCCUACACCAUCAUUGUCUCUGGCGACCUCACCGGCUCGGCCAAGAUCCGCGUCGGCUCCGACAAGACCAUCUACGGAGAGUCGGGCAGCUCCAUCGAGGGCGUCGGCUUCUACGUCAAGGGCGUCAGCAACGUCAUCCUGCGCAACCUCAAGAUCUCCAAGGUCGUGGCCGACAACGGCGACGCCAUUGGCAUCCAGGCGUCCGAGAACGUCUGGGUCGACCACUGCGACCUGUCGUCGGACCUGGACAAUGGCAAGGACUACUACGACGGCCUGCUCGACAUCACCCACGCCUCCGAGUACGUGACCGUCUCCAACACGUACCUGCACGACCACUACAAGGCCUCGCUGGUCGGCCACUCGGACAGCAACGCCGACGAGGACACGGGCACCCUGCACGUCACCUACGCCAACAACUACUGGAAGAACAUCAACUCGCGCCAGCCCUCGGUCCGCUUCGGCACCGUCCACAUUGUCAACAACUACUGGGACGGCGCCCUCGGCACCGGCGUCAACACCCGCAUGGGCGCCCAGGUCUUUAUCGAGAGCUCGGCCUUCAGCAACUGCGCCACCAAGGCCAUUGAGUCGGCCGACUCGGACGAGAUUGGCUACGCCUCCGUCGACGAUGUCGACCUGGGCGGUUCCGAGAACGAUGCCGAGGCUGGCGAUCUCACGGCCAGCUCUUUCCCCUACGACACCAUUGAGACCCUGGGCUCUGCCAAUGUUGCCAGCUCCGUCACCAGCUCCGCUGGUCAGACUCUGUAA